GAAACACAACUCUGUCUGGUUAAAAAAUAAACAAAAACAUUCGACAUUCCAGCAAUGGUUUAGAAUUUCUUCUUUCUGUUGGCAGUAAGUGUUAUCCUCCUUGUCUCACGUGAACAAGAAAAUUAAAGUUAAAAAUGGAUGUCGACGCUGACAUCACGUUAAUGGACACAGAGACUGAGGCCCAGAUGGCGAGUGACAUGAUGUCGCUGGCAGUUGGAGCAGAAAGACAUGCGGUUACACAAGAACACUACAACAACAACAUGAUGGAGAACGCAGAUAGGUUUCCACUUGUGUCCGAUGCAGCAGGCUUAUCAACAGACAUGACAGAGGUUGACAAAGCUACACUCUCGUCAUUCACCGGUGACAGAUCAGGGGAAGGUGACAUGUUUUCCACGUGUGACAAGUUGACGUCAAGUGUUGUUGUCAACUCGGACUGUUGUCAGAUGACAGACUGCACGGAAAUGGUCUCAGAAAAACUAAAUAUUCACAAUUAUGGUGGUCGAUUUUCAAAGCAGAUUGUUUGUGAUGGUCAUGGAAUAUUAAGACCACAAGAUGGUACUAAAUGUCUUGUGUCUCUCUUUAUCUCAACUUCUGGGUGCGACGUUCCUCAAAGUGCAAAGUGCUUGGGGUAUCUGUUCGGAACAGACAUUGAGAUUGAAAUAGGGGAAUCAUAUAGUGUCCCUACCGAACAAAUAGACCUUUGCUUAUUAACAAUGAAAGCAGGUGAAAUAUGUGAAACUAAAAUGUUUGAUCACAUGAAUGAGGAUGCUAUGAUGGGCAAACUGCCUGAAACGUUUACAUUACAGAUUCAUUUGAAGUCAUUCACAAAUGGCAUACCCAUCUGGCAGCUGUCACCAGAAGACAAGUUCUCAUUGGCACAUGUUAAUAAGAACAAAGGUACAGAGUAUUUCAGAACUGGAAACAUCGAAUAUGCUUUCAAGAGAUUCAGCAAAGCUUUGAAGUAUUUGAUAUGCAUGUCUCCAGAAGAAAAUAUUCCGCAAUUGAUGUUUGACGACUACAGUGAACUCCGGUGUAGGUGCUACAUGAACUUGGCAGCAUGCCAGAUGAAAAGCAGACGCUAUGACUUUGUGAUCACUAACUGCUCCAAUGCUCUCACACUGAAUCCCAAGAAGGUGAAGGCGCUGUACCGCCGAGCUCAGGCGUUUCUUCACCUCAAUGAUUUGGACGGAGCCAAGUCGGAUCUCACACUGGCAGCCACACUGGAUCCCAGCAACAAGGCGGUGCUACUGCUGCAGAACCAGGUGCUUUGCAAACAGGCAGAAAACGACAGUAAAAUGGCCGACAGUCUGAGUAAAAUGUUCACAUCAUGAAAUUGCUCAUUUGACAUUUCUCCUUCAGAGAUUUUCACAAUCUUUCACUGCAAUAAAUUGCUCAUUUGACAUUUCUCCUUCAGAGAUUUUCACGAUCUUUCACUGCAAUAAAUUGCUGGUUAACUUCCAUGUCAAAAAGUGUGUUUUUGUAGUGACUUUCUGAAGCGCUAUAUAGAACUGUUUUUGUUAUGAUUAAUUGAUGGUAACUUGUCAAAAGGUGUGUUUUUGUAGUGACUUUGUUAAGCACCACACAGAUGUGUUUUUGUUUUACUGGUGUUCCCAUUGAUUAAUAGUAAUCUGUGGUCAUAAUUAUCAAAUAUCAACGCUUCUAGAAUUGUUAUACAAAUCCACUAGCCAUGGGAUCAGUGAUUUUUAAAAUGUACUGGCCAUGAUUAAAAAUCCACUAGCCCUACUUUAAGUAAAUACAAUUUUACUAACAGGAAUUGAGAUAGUCACCUAAAGGAGAUGGAGUUUAGAUUAUGGGAAGGUGGGGGGGGGGGGGGGGGGGGGGGUUGGUGGGCAAGAUAUUCAUAUUUACAAAAUAGACUUGAAUACAGCAUUAGACAACUUUUUUUUCACUAGCCAUGGGAGUGGGGCUACCAUAGUCUAGAAUCCCUGCAAAUAUUCAAACCUUGAUAUGUUCCUAUAAAUACAGUGGUAGCCCAGUGUGUGAUCAUUCAGAGGACCAUUUCUCCCCAGCAGAACCAAUCCAGAGCUCCACAACUGGUUUAUAUCACACAAGUGGGUUUCUUUCCCAUCCUGAUCACAUCAUAUGACUUAAACCAUUACUUACACCAGACAUAACUCUAUUCGGUCUGUCUCCAUGUGCUUCUCUUUAUCUCUCUCACACACUUCCUUGACAUGUCACCAUUAUCUACACGUAGGUCUCUCUGUCAUCAAUGUUACCAUUUUGUAUAUCCCUCCGACACCCAUGGUGACAUGUCACUAUUAUUUAUAUUGUGUCAAUGAUGUGGCUAUAAUUGAUCAAUGCAUUUCUCGCGCCUAUGGAGGUGGCAUGUAACUCAUCGGUAAAGUGCUCACUUGAGGCGUGAUCGGAUCGAUCCCGUAGGUGGGUCCAUUGAGCUAUUCCUCGCUCCAGCCAGUGCAUCACAGCUGGUAGAUCAAAGGUCGUGGCAUGGGGAUGGUGCAUAUAAAAGAUCCCUUGCUACUAGUGGACAAAUUUAGCAGGUUUCCUCUCUAAAACUGUCAAAAUUAACAAAUGUUUGAUAUCUAAUAGCCGAUGAUUAAUAAAUUAGUGCUCUAAUGGGGUCAUUAAACAAAAAGGCAAUUGACCCAUUUUUGACAUAGUUAUGGCCUUGAACAUAUAUAUACAAGAAUUUGUUUUCUGGAUUUUGUUUGCAAUGCCUUGACAUAUUGAGCUGAAAUUUUGUGUAUAGCUUUGUCAUGUUCUGUUACAAAUCAAGUUUGACUUUCAUGACGAUUUACCUUAUUUAUGUUAAAAUAACUAAAUGUUUGACAUCCAGUAGCCGAUGAUUAAUAAAUCAAUGUGCUCUAGUGGUGUCAUUAAACAUAACUUUCUCUCUUAUGAUGAGGUCACUAUUAGGGCCUACUAUGUCUGCUUCUUAAAUAGUGUUAUAAUAUAAUAAAAUGGUCAGAUGUUACUUUGUAUUUAAUAAUACAAUGUAUUGAAAUAGUUAUGAAAAUUUAUGUUACUUGUAGUAGUCCGAUAUACAAUGUAUUACAAUGUAAAGCAUGUCUAGGUGGUCCAAUAACAGGUGUAUUAUCUAGAACCAUCACAAGUAGGUCUUGAUGACCUAAUUAUAGUAUACAAUACA